GAGUAUUGAUUUUGGAGAGGCCAUCGCCUUCUGACGGCCGCUUUAAAGUUGAAUAAAAUACUCCCGACAGCCCCUGAACGCAGCAUUACACCCUCCGGUUUACGGACUCGGCGCCGCUUCAACGUGAGAGCAGCGCUGUGGUUAGUGAGGAGCGCUCACACGCUUCACUCGUCCGCACUUUAAACAGGAUGUAGUGACUGACACAGAUCGCGGAAAGAGAGAAGAAGAAGAAAGAAAGAAAAGCGGUUUAAACUCUGCCAUGUGACAAACAACCGGUGAGCGAGAAAUGAGCACCACAGCGGAGAAGAAGAAUAAGACAGGAGGGGUCCCGAUGAGGCAGCUCACCGCCGGCAGGUCUUGACGGCUGCUCCCGCUGACCUGAGACUCCCCGCACCGCCGCAGCACCGCGAGGUUUACGCGCACAGAAAAAAACCCAACACAACCGAAACACUUCCACAUCCACAUCGGGGAAGCUUAAACGCGAUAAUGGCGAGCCUGGGCGACUGCUGUGUGAAGGUUGCGUUGAGGAUUCGUCCUCAGAUGGCCAAGGAGAAGAUAGAAGGCUGCCAUGUGUGCACGCUGGUCACACCAGGAGAACCGCAAGUCCUCCUGGGAAAAGACAAGGCCUUCACCUAUGACUUUGUUUUUGACAUCGACUCUGAGCAGCACAACAUCUACCAGGCCUGUGUGUAUAAGCUCAUCGAGGGCUGCUUCGAGGGCUACAACGCCACCGUGUUCGCUUAUGGCCAGACGGGUUCGGGGAAGACCUACACCAUGGGGACAGGCUUCGAUGUGAAUCUGAGCCAGCAGGAGCAGGGCAUCAUUCCGCGGGCAGUCCACCAGCUGUUUGAGGGAAUCCAGAACCGGAGGAUGCGUGCCCAGGAGGCCGGCAGCCAGCCACCUGAGUUCAAAGUCACCGCUCAGUUCCUCGAGUUGUACAAUGAAGAGAUCCUGGACCUGUUUGACGGGGGCAGAGAUCUGGAGAGUCGGAGCAGGAAGUCCAACAUUAAAAUCCACGAGGACGCCAGUGGGAGCAUCUACACCACUGGAGUUACCUCCAGACUGGUGCAGUCAGAGGAGGAGCUGCUGCAGUGUCUGAAGCUCGGCGCUCUGUCCCGCACAACAGCCAGCACUCAGAUGAAUGCCCAGAGCUCCCGUUCACAUGCCAUCUUCACCAUCCACCUCUGUCAGAUGAGAGUGUGCCAGCAGUCACAAAUGAACGGAGGAGCAGAGAACGGAGGAGCAGAGAACGGAGGAGCAGAGAACGGAGAGUUGAACGGUGUGGACUCCAGCCCAAUCGCCCAGCCGGAGUUCGAGACGCUGAUGGCCAAAUUCCACUUUGUGGACCUGGCUGGCUCUGAGAGGCUGAAACGUACAGGAGCUACAGGAGACAGAGCUCGAGAGGGAAUCUCUAUCAACUGUGGACUGCUGGCGCUGGGAAAUGUGAUCAGUGCUUUAGGAGACCAGAUGAAGAAGGGAGGACACGUCCCCUACAGAGACUCCAAACUCACUCGUCUGCUACAGGACUCACUGGGAGGCAACAGUCGCACAGUGAUGAUUGCCUGCGUCAGUCCGUCAGACCGGGACUUCAUGGAGACGCUGAACACACUAAAGUAUGCCAACCGAGCCCGAAACAUCAAGAACAAGGUGGUGGUGAACCAAGACAAGACCAGCCAGCAGAUCAGCGCCCUGCGUGCUGAGAUAGCCCGACUUCAGUUGGAACUGAUGGAAUACAAGGCGGGGAAGCGCGUGGCGUGUGAGGAUGGCUCAGAGGGCUUCAGCGACCUGUAUCAGGAGAAUGCCAUGCUGCAGAGAGAAAGUGACACACUGCGCCUCAGGGUAAAGGCCAUGCAGGAGACCAUCGACCACCUCAACACCCGUGUAACACAUCUGCUGGCCAAUGAGGUCAGCACUCUGCUGACCAAGUCAAGUGAAGGCAAUGAGGAGAUCGGGGCUUUAAUCCAGAACUACAUCCGAGAGGUUGAAGAACUUAGAACCAAGCUCCUUGAGAGCGAGGCCAUGAACGAGUCGCUGCGACGGCAGGCGACCCGACUUUCCUCACGUCCCACGUUCCCGUCCUCCAGUCUCAGCCCUGCCCCAGGUCACCCCCCUGGCUCCUCCCCUUCUCCAAUGUCCAUGGAGGCCGAGAUGACAGACGUGUUACGUCGGGCCAAACUGGACAUCGAAAGGCUGAAGAAGAAGGAGAGGAGGCAGAGGAGGAUGAGUCCAGAGUUGGAGAAAGGUCUGAAGAAGCGAGUGAAGCUGCACACUCACGAGAAUGGAGAGAACGGGCAGAGUCGUGAAAACGGACAGAACGGAGAGAUCGAUUCAGACGACAAUUACACCGAGGACAUCAUGUCUCCGCUGCAGGAGGAGAGCGGCUGUGAUGAAGAUGAGGGAGAGGACGAGGAGGAGGGCAGGGAGGAGGAGGACGGGUUUGACAGUGACGAAAGCCUGGUGGAUUCAGACUCGGACUCUGAUGAGAAAGCCAACUUCCAGGCGGACCUGGCUGAUCUGACCUGCGAGAUCGAGAUCAAACAGAAGCUGAUAGACGAACUGGAGAACAGCCAGCGGAGGCUGCUGAUGCUGAAGCUUCAGUACGAAGAGAAGCUCAUUCUCCUGCAAAACAAGAUCCGAGACACUCAGCUGGAGAGAGAUCGCGUACUGCAGAACCUCAUGUCCAUGGAGAACUAUACAGAAGAGAAGGCCAACCGAAUCAAGCAGGAGUAUGAGAAACGUCUCAAGGAGAUGAACCGAGACCUGCUGAAGCUGCAAGCGGCACAAAAAGAGCAUGCACGUCUCCUAAAAAACCAGGGCAGGUACGAACGGGAGCUGAAGAAACUGCAGUUAGAGGUCAACGAGAUGAAGAAAGCCAAGGUUACACUGAUGAAGCAGAUGAAGGAGGAGCAGCAGAGGAGGAGAAUGGUGGAGGCAAAGAGGAACCGUGAGAUCGCUCAGCUCAAGAAGGAGCAGAGACGACAAGAGUAUCAGAUUCGAGCACUGGAGUCUCAGAAGCGGCAGCAGGAGCUGGUGCUGCGCAGAAAGACCCAGGAGGUGACCGCCCUGCGGCGCCUGGCCAAGCCCAUGUCAGAUCGUGUGGCCGGGCGAGUGGCCCGCUGGAACCAGAUCCCCCCGGUUACGGACUCUGGAGCAGAGUUAUCAGCCAGCACUACGGCGAGCAGCUCUGAACCUGAGACUGGGAGGACAGUGAGCGGGCUGGUGAGACAGUGGAACAACAAAAACAAUGUGUUCGGAUACAUGGGAGAGAAUGAAGGGAGCAUGGAUGGAACCAGGGUCAUUAGCAGCAGGAAGAAGUUGCAGCGUAAGCCAGCAGGCCUGGGUAGCACUGGAGUGGCAGGCAGAGCUGGCAGUUUCUCCAAGUCUGCCCGUCAGAAGUGGCAAGCCCUGGAGCGUCGCAUUAUGGACAUUGUCAUGCAGAGAAUGACAAUCUCUAACGUGGAAGCCGACAUGGAUCGCCUUAUCAAGAAGCGUGAGGAGCUGACGGUCCAGCAAGAGUCGCUUUCACACAAGAGGGAGGUACUAAUGGCUGACGGGGAAGGACCAGAAGCAGAGGACCGCCUCCUUCUGGAACUUAACGAGGAGAUUGAGGUGCUGAACGCCAAUAUAGACUACAUCAACGACAGCCUGUCUGACUGUCAGGCUACCAUUGUACAGAUAGAAGAGACCAAGGAUGAGCUGGACUCGGUGGACACCUCAGUGGUGAUCAGCUCCUGCUCACUGGCUGAAGCUCGCCACCUGCUGGAUCACUUCUUGAAGGCUUCCAUAGAGAAAAGUUUACAAGUGGCUCAGAAGGAGGCUCAGGUCAGACUGCUGGAGGGUCAGCUGAGACAGACUGAUGUGAUUGGCUCAUCCCACAAUCACAUAAUCUUGGAUGCCCUGCGAGAAAAGGCAGAAUACAUCCCUGAACUUCAGGCUCUCAUCCAUAACGUACAGCAGGAAAAUGGUUAUGCCAGUACAGACGAGGAGCCGUCUGAGUUCAGCCAAGCCUCUGACAGCAGUGUAUCUCAAAUGAAAGAAUCCAACAGCCAAGACGAUUUCAAGAUGAAGAUGGAGCCCCGUCUGUCAGCUCAGAUGAAGGCGGUGUCGGCAGAGUAUCUGGGUCCCAUCCUGGACCCCUCAUCAGGCAGCAAGCAGCAGCACAUCACCAAAUCUCUGGCUUCUCUAACGGACAUCCAGGAGGAUGGCCUGAGCCUGGCGUCAGCAAGUCUGGGGUUCAGCCUGGCCCUACGAGACUCCUACCACAGGGACCGGUCAUCCCGCACCAUCAGCCUACCUGUCAGGGGACACACCUUUCCCAGGCAGUCUCGGGGUUAUGACACCUCCCCUAUAACAAGGAGGAAAUCUUAUGACCGUUCGUACAGGCCCACUGAUGGCUAUACUCCCCCCUCGUCCCCUCCUCUGAGAACCAGGAAUGACCGCAAUGUCUUCUCAAGGCUCACCAGCAACCAAGCCCAAGGUUCUGCUCUGGACAAGUCGGAUGACAGCGACUCCUCGCUCUCCGAGGUGCUCAGGGGUGUGAUCAAUCCCAUCGGGGGUGUGAAGGGGGGCCGGACAGCACCUCUGCAGUGUGUUUCUGUUGCCGAGGGCCAUUCAAAGCCGGUCCUGUGUGUGGACGCUACAGAUGAGCUGCUAUUCACUGGAUCUAAAGAUCGCACCUGUAAGAUGUGGAACCUGGUAACAGGUCAGGAGAUCGUCACCCUCAAAGGCCACCCAAACAACGUGGUGUCAGUGAAAUAUUGCCCUUCCUCUUGUCUGGUUUUCUCCGUCUCCACCUCCUACAUCAAGGUGUGGGACAUCCGCGACUCUGCCAAGUGUGUCCGCACACUAACUUCAUCGGGGCAGGUGGUUUCAGGUGAUGCGUGUGCGGGCACCACCACCCGCACAAUAACCUUUGCGCAGGGCGAGUGUCAGAUCAAUCAGAUAGCCCUCAACCCAUCGGGAUCUGUGCUCUAUGCUGCAGCUGGAAACACUGUUCGCAUGUGGGACCUCAACAGGAUGCAAGGAAUGGGGAAGCUGACAGGCCACAUCGGCUCCGUCAUGUGUCUGACAGUGGGACAGUCUCUCCUGGGCAAAGACCAAGUUAUCACUGGCUCUAAAGACCAUUAUGUGAAGGUGUUUGACGUGGCAGAGGGAAAUCUGGGUAACGUAGGUCCAGCUCAUAACUUUGAACCGCCCCAUUAUGAUGGCAUUGAAUGUCUGGCGGUACAUGGAGAUGUGCUGUUCAGCGGGUCGAGAGACAACGGCAUCAAAAAAUGGGAUCUGGAGCAGCAGGAGCUCACUCAGCAAAUCCCCAAUGCCCAUAAAGAUUGGGUGUGUGCUCUGGCUUAUGUCCCGGGACGGCCAAUGCUGCUGAGCGCCUGUCGGGGCGGCAUGCUGAAAGUGUGGAACGUGGACAACUUUACCCCCAUAGGAGAGGUCAGAGGUCAUGAAAGCCCCAUUAAUGCCAUAUGUACCAACUCAAGACAGAUCUUCACUGCGUCCAGUGAUUGCAGGGUGAAGUUGUGGAGCUAUGUGCCAGGUCUGACCCCGUGUCUUCCUCGACGGGUCCUGGCCAUCAAGGGCCGAGCCACCAGCCUCCCAUGAUUGCCUCUUCUCCACUCACGAACCCUCCUUUCCUCUGUGACAAGACAGUGAAGAUCUGGUCGUCAAAGGUGUGGAGGAAGAGGUGACAAUUGAACUGAUUCCUUUGUCAGCUAUCUUUGCUGAUACCUCAGCCGCUGAUCUGUGACCUGCUCACUUCUAGCAAUGAGAAGGGACACUGAAAACACCGUUUCCAAGGCAAUCAAGGUGUUUCUUUUCUUUGUCAAGGUGUAAAAUGACGAAGCCGAGGCAAAAUACGCAUUCAAAGGCAAGAAACUAUUGCCUUUCAGAUGUUUUCUACUGCCAAUUUGAAAGUGCCAUUCAGGUGUGAUACUACUUGGACGAGAUAAACCAUAUCUUCCAGGCAGUGGAUACGCCAGGCUGAACUAUUUCUUUCAUGACAUGAAACUACAACAGCCUGGGAUUAAAAGUGUCCUUCUGUCCUUUGACCAAGGUUUCAAAAUCUUUGUGGAACAAUGAUAGAUGUGUAUUCAUGUAUCUAUUGUCAGAAAGUCAAUCUAAGAGGUUAAUUCCAGUCCCCAGAAUGACGUUAACAACUGGAACCUCUGUUCCUCCAUCCAGGAUGCUGAACAAAGUGGAGGACCAUACUUGGUGUUCACUGUCAAUUGCUGACCUUGGCUUUGACUGCACUGGAGAAUUAUACAAAACACCAUCACUUUUUAUUCCGGAAACAUGCUCCAAUCAUUUUUAGUUGUUCUCAGUACAUCACUGAAACUUUGUGUUCCACAAGUCGUGUCAGUUUUUUAAAUAACUUUUACUAAUUUAUUAUUUUCCCUACCUCAGUUGUUUUAGACUUUGACAUGAGGUGGGAGGGAACAUUUUUACGGGUCUCUGUGUACAAACACCUGGUGCUUGACAUUUUUGAAGUCUUUUAUUUAAUGCCUGACUCUUCAUCUCUGCUUGGAUGUGUCCUCUGUGGCUGUCUGGCUAUCACGCCGUGUAGCUGCUGACCUUGCAAACAGGAAAGCACACGUCCAGCAGCACAGCUAUCGUAGCACCGGCCCCGGAGGAUUCUGACUGGAUUGUAUCAUCUUCUCUGUAAAGUGCUAACAGUGGGGAAAAAAUAAUUAAAAAAAAAAAAAAAA